CUCCGCUCCCACAUGCUCUGCUCUGCUCUGCUCUGCUCUGCUCAUCUCCUCCCUGACACUUCUCUGCACAGGUGCGUGCCCACUGCACGGCCGUUUCUCUUCUCUCGUUCUCCGUUCCUAGCCCAACUGGGGCCAACUCCAACAACUGAUUGCUCGGUCCAAGUUCGCUGCUUUCGACGGGAAGGGCUGCCCUCGCAGCUCCCAAAUCUCAGAACCAAUGGAGGAGGUGCAGAUGGACAGGCUGGAAUCCAUGGAGGGAACCGGCGCCGGCGGCGAGAAUGGCGCGGCAACCAAACUGCAGAAGGUCUACCGCAGCUACCGGACCCGCCGGAAGCUCGCCGACUCCGCCGUCGUCGUCGAGGAGCUCUGGUGGCAAGCGCUGGACUUCGCGCGGCUCAGCCACAGCACAGUCUCCUUCUUCGACGAGCCCAAGCCGGAGACGGCCGCCUCGCGCUGGAACCGCGUCGGCCUCAACGCAUCCAAGGUGGGUCAGGGUUUAUCCAGAGACGGCAAGGCUCUCAAGCUGGCUUUCCAGCACUGGAUCGAGGCUAUUGAUCCACGGCAUAGGUAUGGGCACAACUUGCAGUUCUACUAUGAUAUCUGGUGCCAAAGCCAGGCCGGACAGCCCUUCUUCUACUGGCUUGAUGUUGGAGAGGGAAAGGAUAUAGACCUUCCAGAGUGUCCAAGAGCUUUGCUGAAAAAGCAAUGCAUAAGGUAUCUUGGUCCGCAAGAGCGUGAGCACUAUGAAUACAUCAUUAACGAUGGAAAGAUUUUCCAUAAACAGUCUGGAGAGCCACUUGAUACGAGCAGGGGUCCUAAAGGAACUAAAUGGAUUUUCGUUAUGAGCACAGCAAAAAGACUUUAUGCUGGCAAGAAAGAGAGAGGUGUAUUCCAGCACUCCAGCUUUUUGGCAGGAGGUACAACCAUAGCUGCAGGAAGAUUUACUGCAGAGAACGGAGUUAUCAAGUCCAUCUGGGCGUACAGUGGCCACUACAAACCAACCGCAGAGAACCUCUCCAAUUUCAUGAACUUCCUUGAAGAAAAUGGAGUUGACCUCAAGGACGUUGAGGUGCGCUCAUCUACCAAAGAAGACUACAAUGAAGAUCCAGUGCCUAAUGACUCAGAGAACUUUACUUCUGCUAUCAUACAACCAAAUUUUCCACAAGUGGUUCUCCCUCUAAACAUCACAGAAGGCGACGAAGCAGAGAACGCUCCUGCAGAACAAGCCAAGUCCUACCAAAGAACCUUAUCAGGCGGUCUGCAAAGCCCCAAAGCCACCGACAUCCCACAGAAGGCAAUUUUCGAGAGGAUGAAAUCCAAGGGUGAGUCCAAGUCCUAUCAGCUUGGGCACCGGCUGUCCCUUAAAUGGAGCACUGGGGUUGGUCCAAGAAUUGGAUGUGUCAAGGACUACCCAAUGGAGCUUAGGAUGCAGGCUUUGGAGAUGGUGGAUCUGUCACCAAGAGCAUCAACGCUGUCAGCGUCAAGGAGACUACCUUCAUGCUUGUCCCCCACUACAGCAACCUCACCAACAUCGCUGCUGGCACCAAUGCAGGCCUCCCUGGCCCAGCCAAGUUAGAAGCUUCGGAGCUUAUAUACACGCGAUAGCACUUCUCCAUUUUUCAGCACUGCGAAUUUCAGAUACUUGGUUUGUGCUUGUUGCUUCCCUUUUGUCCUGUUGUUCAAUCUGACAUAGGACGCUGCAAAGUUUUCCAAGUGAGAACUAGAUGUGGACUAUCACAUUGCAAAAUAGAUUCUGUGCAGAACCUGUUAUUAUGAUAUUAACAGCACUAUGAUAGCACUA